CUUUGUUUUCCAUCCUUCCUAGAAAUUAAGAAGCCGCCUGUGGCCCCCAAACCAAAAUUUGUGGUAGGACACAAGGCAACACCUCCACCCGUUGCACCAAAGCCUGAUGUCAUGCUUUCUGGUGUUUUACAAGCAGCAAGGAAAACUAAGCCAGCUGUUGCACCAAAACCGAAGGUUCUCAAGAGCUCAUCCAUUCCAGAAGUUAAGCCUCCAUCCUGCGCAAGGAAAGGCACCAAAAGCUUUGAGGAACACAGAGGAGAUUCUUCUCAAACACUGGACCACUUGAACUAUAAAAAUGAAGUCUCAGAAGGGGGUACUGAUAACACAGCAUAUAUUCUGCCAAUGUCAUCUUGCAAAUUCGAAUGCUUUCAUAAGCUUGGAAAUGGGGAGAACACUUGUAAAACUCAGAUCAUUCUUGAGCACUUUGAAAACUUAGAGAAUAUCAAAACAGGUGAAAAAACUGCACUGGCUCUGGGGAGUAGUCCCAGUGAAAAAAUGGCAAAUAGAAACCAGGUGGUUGUGAAAGCCAGCAUUUUGGAAGAGAAACUUAAAGAUGUUCUAACUCAUGGUGUGUUCCCCAACAGAAGUCCUGUGAGGCACAGGAAUGCAGACAAACUUUACAAAGGGGAUGGCAACAGCUCCAGGAACGAUGUUAAAAUAGAGUUUUUGGAACUUGUACAGUCAUCUUCUGAGAUAGCUAACGGGAGGCAACAAAAUACUGGCAGUAAGCUCACUGAAGACGAGUUUCAGACGUCUGAAACUUGUCCUAGUUUGAAUGAAAAUCACAGCAGUUGCUCUUGCCCACCGAACCAGGAAAUCCUUGAAAAUGAAAAUGUAAAUAGCAGUAGUUUGUUUUCAGGUGAAAUGGGCGUGAAAAUAGACACUGAUAAAACUUCCUCUGAAACAUGUUCAGUCCUGAGCUCAAAAAUGCUUCCUAUCCCUAAGCCAAGAAAACCACGUGCUGCGUGUCUUGUCCGUCAGGAUGGCAUAGACAGCAUAGGAGAAGGAACAAAGGAACCAUCUAGUUCAGAGAAUGAUUCCCUUGGUCCUGCUGAAUGCAGCUUUAAAAAGCCAGCAAAAAUUAACGUCCUUGGUCAGAGCGUUUGCUAUAACGAUCAUACGGAAGCGCUUAAUCCUGAAAAAUCUGAGAUAACUCAAAGUGUCACAGACAGAAUGCAUCUGAGGAAGGAACCUGCUGAUACUGAAGAGUCAACGCUGCAAAAUCUGUUGCCUCAGUUAUCACACAAAACUUCUGAUUUGGUGGAAAAUGUUGAAUGUUCCUUAGAUAUAGACCAUAACUUAGGUAGCUCGGUGGAUAGGAUGACAGAUGAUGCUAGUAUGCCAGAUACUGUGGACAAAAGGACUAGCUUUAUCAGAUGUGAUACUUUGUCCAUGAGUUUGCCAAAGCAAAUAAAAUUAACUGGCAGUCAGCACCCACCUACUGCUAAUAGCCUCCAUGUUUCCCUACAGAAAGUGGAAGAUAGGGAAGCUAAAAUCAAGGAUGAAAGUUCUCCAAAAAUCGUUCCUAAGAAACCACAGCGGCACAGCCUACCAGCUGCAGGAGUGCUGAAAAAAGCUGCGUCGGCAGAGCUGAUUGAGAAAAGUUCUUAUGCUUCCUCUGAAGACAAAUCAAGCAGCGUUCUGGAAGGAUCUCACUUCACACGCACUCAAGCCAGGGAGCAAGGUGCGCUAUCAUCCUGUGACAUACCCAAACGUUCCUCUGAGAAACCCGUCUGGAAGUUACCUCACCCUAUUCUUCCGUUUUCAGGAAAUUCGGAGUCAUUAAAAACUGCUAGCAUUGCUCCCAGCUUCAGUCACGUGAGUGCUGUGACAAAGCCCAGAGCCAAAUCUCUCUCUUCUGUGGACAUGGAAAGGACAGACAAGCCUUGCAAAGACCCGCAGAAGAAAAACAGUUUGAAAAAGUUUCUCAAUGUGAAACUGUCGGUUUGCUUAAUGAAAAGUGACUUCCAAAAAUUUCUGUCUAAAGGCAGCCAGUCAAUGGAUAGUUCUACUGCUAACCUUUCCACUGGGGAAGGGUAUGGGAAUGGCAACAACCGACAUGUAUCAUCUGUCGGCAGUGAAAGGAAAGCAAAAUCUGCUAAGGCACGUUCCGUAGAAAUAAGUAGUCCUGCACUGCAGAAGAAGAGGCAGAGAAAUAGAAGCCAGCCUGAGAUGCGAAGUAACCAAAGGCUGGAGUCUUCAGAUGGGCACUCACUGCCAGGAGAUAAUCUGUCCCAAAUGCAUUUGAAUUCUGUAACCAGCAAUUGUGCUCCUGAGUAUGAGAACUUGCGUCACUAUGAGGAAAUACCAGAGUAUGAGAACUUGCCUUUUGCUAUGGGUGCUGGUAAAAAUCUGUCUUUGGAAUGGCAGAAUUCCAGCCACGUGGAAGACCCGAGCCCCAGCUUGUAUGAGAUGGAGGAGCCUUUUCAAGCAGCAAGCAGGCGUGUGAGACAUGGCAGAUCCUUAGAAGAGCACCAUGAUCAUCCUGGCAUGGUAAUAGGAGAUCUUCAGUCAGAUGAGGAAGAUAUCAUGAACAGUUCUGAUGAAGAUGAUGACACAAAUUCUGAUUCCAGCAAAGGGGAGCCUGAUUCUCAAGAUCAGGGCAAGGCAGCUGGAAAGAAGACAAAAGUUUACCAUAUUGCCAAGGAGAUCAUGAGCUCAGAGAAAGUGUUUGUGGACGUGCUAAAGCUCUUACACAUUGAUUUCCGGGACGCGGUGGCACACGCCUCUAGGCAGCUCGGGAAGCCUGUGAUUGAGGACAGAAUCCUGAAUCAGAUCCUGUACUACCUACCUCAGCUGUACGAGCUCAACCGGGACCUCCUGAGGGAGCUGGAGGAGCGAUUGUCUCAUUGGCUUGAACAUCAAAGAAUUGCUGACAUAUUUGUGAAAAAGGGCCCCUACUUAAAGAUGUACUCAACUUACAUCAAAGAAUUUGAUAAAAAUAUUGCGCUGUUAGAUGAACAGUGUAAGAAGAACGCAGGUUUUGCCUCGGUAGUGAAAGACUUUGAGAUGAGCCCCCGCUGUGCUAGUCUGGCCCUCAAGCACUAUCUGCUCAAGCCAGUUCAGAGGAUUCCCCAGUACAGACUCCUUUUGACAGAUUAUUUAAAAAACCUAUUAGAAGAAUCUGCAGAUUAUAGGGAUACUCAAGAUGCCCUAGCUGUUGUCAUAGAAGUCGCAAACCAUGCCAAUGACAUCAUGAAGCAAGGGGAUAACUUUCAGAAACUCAUGCAGAUUCAGUACAGUCUAAAUGGACACCAUGAGAUUGUACAGCCAGGAAGGAUAUUUCUGAAAGAAGGAACCCUGAUGAAGCUAUCUCGAAAGGUCAUGCAGCCACGGAUGUUUUUUCUGUUUAAUGAUGCCCUGUUGUAUACUACUCCAGUUCAGUCAGGGAUGUACAAACUCAACAACAUGCUGUCAUUGGCUGGAAUGAAGGUUAAAAAGCCAUCCCAGGAAGCUUAUCAGAAUGAACUGAACAUAGAAAGUGUAGAGAGAUCCUUCAUUCUUUCAGCAAGUUCUGCUACAGAAAGAGAUGAAUGGUUAGAAGCUAUCUCCAGGUCAAUUGAAGACUAUACAAAAAAGAGAAUCACGUUUAAUCCUAGCAAAAGUCUUGAAGAGGCAGAUACUGAGAAGCAGGAAGAAACUAGCCCACUAGGAUCAAAGGCUCCUAUCUGGAUUCCUGAUACUAGAGCCACUAUGUGUAUGAUCUGUACAAGUGAGUUUACGUUGACAUGGAGAAGGCAUCACUGCAGGGCGUGUGGAAAGAUUGUCUGUCAAGCUUGUUCAUCAAAUAAACAUGGUUUAGACUAUAUGAAAAACCAGCCAGCAAGAGUAUGUGAUCAUUGCUUCAGAGAGCUACAAAAACAAGAUAACCAGUGCUCUUCUAAGACUGGAUCCCCAGUCAACCACAAAUCUCCAUCAAGUGCCUUGUCUACAGUAUUACAUAGCAUUCCCUCUGGAAGAAAGCAGAAAAAAAUUCCUGCAGCCCUCAAAGAAGUUUCUGCAAACACAGAAGAUUCUACAAUGAGUGGCUACUUACACAGAUCUAAGGGCAGUAAGAAACCAUGGAAGCACCUAUGGUUUGUUAUAAAAAAUAAGGUGCUGUACACAUAUGCUGCUAGUGAGGAUGUGGCAGCACUAGAGAGCCAGCCUUUACUGGGAUUCACAGUCAGUGAAGUCAGAGAUGAAAACUCAGAGUCUAGAGUGUUCCAUUUACUGCACAAAAACACUUUAUUUUACAUAUUCAAAGCAGAUGAUCCCCAUUCAGCUCAAAAGUGGAUAGAAGCUUUUCAAGAAGGCACCGUACUAUAGCAGUGUCAGCAAGUCUAAAGCAAAAUGUCCAAGGAUGAUGGUAAACCAGAGUACAGAAACUGUUAAAAGAAAUUGAAUCCUUCCAUGUCAACCUACCCAAAACUGUAUAUUUGUCUGCAUUAGGAGUUGUUGCAUUUUUAGUGUAAGGUAAUAUUUUUUUAAAGAAUUGUGUGUAUUUCUGUGUUAAUACAAAAUGUGUUAUUUAUUAAGUUCCAGUGUUUACUUUGAUGGUCAAAAUUGCUUGUGAGGUCUGCAUUGAGGCCCAAAGUGCCCUUGUCUUAGAACGGCAGGUGGUUGGUCAACAUAUCCUUGAAGUUUGUGCUCCUAUUUAAAAAAACAAAAGCAGCAAAUCUGUUGUAAUUGUGUAAUUUCUCAUGGUUUGUGUAUAGGCCUUCAGCUGCUGAUACACAGCUUGCAACAUAGCAGGAGCAGAUCAAAAUAGGAAUUUUAAAGAUUUUGAAUCUUUGUUGGCUACGUAAACUCCUAUAAGAGAAUUGUAUGAUAAUGCAGUUCCUUUCCUUGAAUAGCAGUUGAACUCUUGCAUACCAAUUAAAAUAGUACCACAAAUUAUGUAUCACAGAAGCAAUUACAAAGUACAUUUGUAAAAAUGAAAAAAGAGAAAAGGGGAAAAUAUUUGAAAACAGACUUAGCAAGCACAGAGAUAAAGCACUAGAGCUUCUACAGUCCGACAGAUACCAAAAAGACUAAAUGAGUUACAUCCAAACAAUUUCAGGAUAUGUUUUUUUUCCACUAGUAAUUUAAAGCAGUAUUUUAUUAUUAUUAUUUUUUUUUACUAAAAAAUCGUUUUUUGCAUAGUUUGUUUCAAAACUGUGUCAGAUAACUUCUGUAUGCAGUAGGAAAGACUGUUUUAAACUAUUGUUCAGAGAACACUAAACACGUAUAUGCAGCCCUUGUCCCAAAAACUUACACUAUUGUAUAUUUAAAUGUUAUGUUUAAACUGGAAUUGCCAUACCAACAAAACACAGCUUUUUUUUUAGUGCAGAUGGCAUGGAAGUGUAUGCGAUUAUUUGAAAUACUUGUUGUUUACACUAUGAUUUGUUCUGUUUGACACUUUAAAAAACCAGGUUUUUUUUUUUUCCUUUAAGAAAAUUGUCAGUAUACCUCAUUGGAAAAUACUUGCUGAUGAUUUUGGUGCAUUUAUUCUACUUCAGUUUUUUAAAAAUUGUUAACACUGUAAUAGCAUAAAUGGAACUUAGAACUAUGAAAAGCACAUGAUAGGAAGCCAUUUUUAUGUCAAAAGCAAUGCACAUGUAGCCAGUUAAUUAUGCUGUAUGCAACACUGUUCAGUAGUCCUCUCUACUCAACUUCAGUAGUCCUCUCAAGCUACUUGUGGAAGCAGGAUUAAGAGCAAUUAACUUUCAAAUUAAUAGUUUUAAUCCACAUUGAUAGCUGUAUUAAGGCCUCACAAAGGAAACAAAAUGAUGAGAGAACAGUAGUGAUCACAAAAAGGCCAAGAAUGAAAAUACGAACCAAAAUUCAUAUGCCCUCAGAUACCUCCAGAUCAGGUCUAAGGUAAUAACACAGACAGCUCUGGGGAGAUUUGUUCUCCAGAGCUUCCGUUAAGUUCAUUGUGGGCUUCAAAACCUAAUGUUUAAGUAUAUGAGGAAUUUUACUGACUUCAGGCAUUUCAGUAGAGUACGUUUCUGAAUCAGGGAUUUAAGGCUGUAGAUUUGGCUUCUCUGGUGAAUGCUAGAGAUUUGACCAGAUAGCGUUUGAAAUUCAGUGGGAGCUGGAACAAAGCCUUUAAUCACUUUUUGAUGCAAAUAUGAUAAACGGAUUUUCUUCUCUUUUUAUAUAUAAAGGGCUUUUACUUAGUCUUUCAAAAUCAGCGGGUGACUGAAGCCAAGUAAGCUAUCUGCAUGCCUCUUCAGGGUGAUUUCUGACAUGGGUUUUACCAUACCCGAAAUAAAUCUGAUACCAGUGUAACACAGAUGUGAUGUAGCUGUUCUGAUUGAUGCUAUCCAGGGGAAGAACUGCUUAAUAUUUUUAUAUGGACUGCACACCAACUAAGAUGGAAAGCCAUGAAAUGACAAACAAUAAGGAAUUUGGUUAGAAGCAAGUUUUAUUUAAUUUAUGUUCUAAUACUGAUUUCCUUGCUGCAAAACUGAAAUAAAGCAAUAAAAGUCAUAACACAGGCUGAGUAGGAUGCCUGAGUUCUGCCUCGUGUGGCAACAAACUACCUCUCAAUGACUUAGAUGCAGUGAGAAAACAGUUCAGCAGUUCUGUAGAAGUCAGAGGACUUCUUCCAGAAACAGUUAAUCAACAAAUUGUCUGUGACAGAAACGGAUUUGAACAGAGCCUUAAAAACCACAGUGCACAUAUUGCAGUCUAAUUGUGAGAAAUAAAUGAAAUUGUCUUUAUGAGCAUGUUUGAAUAUUUCUUUUUCCUCUUUCUCCAGCACUAGUGCUUUAUAUCAUGUGGAGAACCCACAACAUAGGUUUUUCAUAACAUUCUCAGAUUGUUGCUUUUCAAACUGUUAGUCUGUUUCUCCACCCUGCCUCCCAUCCUGUUUCACUGCCAUCAGAAGUAAUGUCACUUCUAGAUUCCACUCUUACAUCAGCAAAUUCACUGAACAAGACCAGCAGUUUUUAAACACCUGGCUACCUCUUCUUAUACACACCUAUAGUUAAUAAUUUAAGACUGGUUAGUAGACAAUGAGACAAACAUUAGUAUUGGAGAUUAGUUCUAGGAUCUUUAUUCUUGGGUAAAUGAAAGGUCUAUGGUAAUGAAUUGUCUUUAAGAAAUCUUUGAUGUAAAGCUUUCUUUUAUCCCCAAAGGACUUGAAACAAACGGAUAGCUGAACAACCAUGGAACACAUUUUACUAGAAAAGGUGUGUGUGUGAAAAUUGGUUACCAAAUUAUGUAUGUUACAUCAUAAUGGAAAGAGAUGUUUGGAAAGACACAUUCAAUGCAUUUGUUUGCUGUAACUGCCAUCCCUUGUAUGUACCAUCUACACACGUUUUUAUUUGGAGUAGUCAUAAACUGUGCUGUCUAAAUGAAAGAAUAGAAUCUUUAUUUUGUAAAUGAAAACAGCUCAAAGUUGUUGUAAAUAUUCCUGUGUAUAUGUAUCAUUUUUGUAUAAACAAAUUCACAUUA